CUUCUGCACUCCCAGCAGAUCACCUAGAGCUCAGCAGCCUCCGACAGACCCUGAAGGCUCCAGGAGCUUUUGUGGAAAGAACCGACAGAGAGAGAAGAGAAAAAAGUAGCAGUAUGAGCCAGUCUGCCAUCGAGAGCCUCUUCGGGGAGGAUCCGUUCUUUGAAGAUGCCACCUAUCUGCUGUGGCCCAGAAGCAGCAGCGCACUGGACAGCUUCAGAGAGCACUUCCUCCAUCGCCGCGCUCAGCUGUUAGAGAAUUUUAGGACAGAUGUCCGAGACAGCCUGACGAGGGAGCUGUGCGAGGGGUUCCCCGGAAGCCUGCUCCGGGGCCUGGAUGGCCUCUGCCCCCUGUCCCUCUCCAGCGUCACGGGCCCCAGCACGGAGAGGACCUGUGACCGAGCCGUGGCGGUCACCCUGGACACCCAAGGCUUCUCUCCGGAAGACAUCACGGUGACCGUGUCCGGACGGAGACUGGAAGUGAUGGCGGCCAGGUCGGCAGAAAUGGACUCCUGCAGCAGCACGGAUGCCAAGCCGGCUGGCUUUAUCCAGAGCGUGGAGCUCCCGGAGCACAUUGACCCAGCCCAGCUUACCUGCACCCAGGGAGAGGAUGGGCUCCUCUGCAUCCAAUUAGAAACCAAGCAAAGCCCUUCAGAGGAACGGCUCAUUCCCAUCCGCUUCAGAACAUCUCUAGAUUUCCCCCUAACCAAAGACAACACACAAAACGGAGGAGAGCAACACCUAGAGUAAACACACAUCACAUCAUGGCUUUUUAGUCCAGUGGACUUGUUUGGUACAUUUGUAUGCUUUGUAGAGUGAUGGUUUUAUUAAUAAAGGUUGUAUUUAUUUA